GUAUUAUUAUAUGCAAAGUCAAAGAUGGCUAUCACAAAUUGAAAAAAUUGAUUAAUUGUAUUCAUUGGAAAGUACAUUUCGUUCUAAAACGUAGUCGUUCAUAUUCGUAUAUUUUUCUUCAGUAAAGACGUGAUGCCACCAUUUAAACGUUCUAGACCACACAGUUCAAGGAAUUGUUGCUCGCGGUUUGUUGUCUCUCUCGGAAGAACGGUAUGUAGAAAGAAGUUCACAUGAACUCAUCCUAAAGGCUGGUUUCUAUAUGGUCGCGUGGUGGUCGUAAAAAUAGAAUCACGCUCUUUCUCAACGGCCAAUUUAUAAUAGUUUAUACCUGUAAACCACAUAUAAAUCAUAUUAGUAUUCAUAUAAAUCAUAUUAGUAUUCUCGUAUUUUCAGUUCCAAAAUGUUGUAAUUCGGCUGAUGAGAAAGAUCGUGACUCAAUCUUUACGACCCGGUUACUAUCAUAAUUAUGGAAAGGCUUAAUUUCAACAGCUAAGUUCAUGUGAUCGACGUCUGAACCAGUUAGUUUCAUGAUCAACUGUUUUAAUUAGGACCAAUAUCCAACAAUAAAAUUCGACAUCGCUAAUUGUCGGGAGUCGAACUUCACAUGAACCAACCAACUAUAUUUAUGUAUAUGCCAUUACGCAUUGGACUCACCGCUGUUUUAUGAUUCUCGAAAAUUAUUAGGACUGGCUAAUUUAAAUUAAAAGUUCGAGGUAUGAAUAGGUCAACUCAAAUAGCAAAGUGCCAAAGGCUCUAAGCUAGGCCAUGUAAAUAAAUAUCUCGGUUUAUUAUCAGUAGCUAAAAGAAAUUCCGUGCUGGCGGGCGGAUUUUUUAAAAACACUUGAACUUAAUAUUGAUAUUUAUGGUAAAUAACAUGCUUGUAGUAAAUUCUAUUUUAAACGACAAACUGCAGUAUUCCACAAUAUUCCACGUCGGCAUGUUUCACGCCCCCUUGCUCAGAAGCGCACCUCAUGGGAAGCCGAUCAUGUAAUAUAUGCGUGUGCGAAAUAACGUUGCUGUAGCACUUGAUCAUAGUACUUGAUCAACUGGUGGUGCCUCCUGUUUUACCAAAAAGAUAAAACAUGGAUACUCUCGAACAGACUUGGCCUCGUAGUUCAGUUGGCAGAGCAUUGGCAGGUCAUAGUCAUCUGAGUACAUAACAUCAAAACACACACAAAAAAUAUCAUAUCAUAGAACACAUUGGUAUCGAAGGUACUAGACUUAGUUCCGAAAUACCACACACUCGAACAGACUUGGCCUCGUAGCUCAGUUGGCAGAUCAUUGGACUAGUAUCCCAAAGGUCGCGGGUUCGAUUCCCACGGUGGUCAGGCUAGCUUUUCAGCCUGCCCGGUGUGGAUAUAUAUACUCAGAGUAACAUCAAAAACAAUAUAUUUGUACAAGUUUCAAUGACUUUAUUCUUUUCAUCUUGCUUCACUUAGAGAUAUUAAUAAAACUAAAAGAAAUAUUAUGAAGCUUAAUAGCAUUUUAUUAUAAUGACACGAUUUCAAUUUUUUUGGAUACCUUAUCGGGGAGCACCAUGCCAAAUGACUAAUUACACUACAACAUUUAUUUCACACCAAUUAUCGGAAUUGCAGACCAGGGAACUGCGGAAUCGGCGGAAGUUAAUAAAUUCACCUUUUUCUUCUUGUAUAAACAUUUUUCCUCCAAUAGUUUUAAAGCGUUAGUGAAUAUUUACACAAUUUUGAUUUUGUCACGAUUCUUGACUUGCAAUCAAUCCCUUGACAAUUAGAAGACAAUGGCACGGCGGCCGGCCAUGUUGGUGCCAAAUUCGAAAGCAGUUAAUGUAGCUAAUGAGGUUCUUUUGUUGAAAGGGGACCAACAUGGCCGUCGCCCACAUCAUUCAUGCAAGUCAAGAAUAGUAAGUUUUCUUUAAAUUUAGAGUCUUCCAGAUAAAAUCGUUCCUCUCUUAAUAUUUGGUGUCAUCUCCAUUAUUGUAUUGUUAUAUAAACAUGGAUUGUAUGUUGAAAAUUUUGUUCUUCGAUUUGAGUCAAGUAAGUAUAUAUAGCUAUUUCAAUUAAGGUUGUCCACCAAGGCAUGAGAAAGUCCGCCAGCAUGUUGCCAGGAAAUUUUUUUAAUCUCACAGGAAAUUUUUAAGAAAAAGCAAGAUAUCAAGAAUGAAGCUCGAGAAAUUUCAAAAAUCAGCAUUAGGGUAACAAACAUCUCAAUUAGAGCAUAAAUACAGCAAUCAUAACAUAAAAACUUGUAUCAUGUGGCAGUGCUACCGCUAUAUUUUUCUUAAUAUUGAGGCAGUAUAUGACUUAUUAAGGUGGUAUAUAUACGAUGCUGUUAUUGGAUUACAAUCAAAAUUCAAAUUUAUAAAAAAAAUUGACAGGAAAUUUUUGGUCUGGGAAGCCUGCUGCCAGGAAGAAAAAUAUUUUAUCAAUGCUUGUUGUCCACGAGCAAAGCGGAAAAGUCGAAUACGAACGCCCGUCGAACGCGAAAGGCUGCUGGGAAUCCCUAAAAAAUUAAUGAAUUUUCAUAGCGAUUCCCAGCAGCUAGCUACACAGAAGCAUAGCCUAUAUAGGUUGAGGUAUAACUAUUAUAAUGAUAAGGCAUGGUAGACUUUAUGGGUAGCGGAUUAUGGAUGCGGAUUGCGGAUUGUGAACCCAUGCAAAUCGUUUAUUUCUUGGGAAAAAAGCCGCAAUAAUUGCCUGUAGCUACUUGUAGCUAUGCUAUGCCCCCUAGGAAAUGGCUAUAUAUGUCGUGGUUAUAACGGAGUAUAUCUGCGUUAGAAUGAAGCAGUCGAAUAUUUCGACAAUAAAGAAUAAACCAAGUUUGAAUAAAAUGAAACACUCAGAUUCAAACAUUUCGUAAGACACAUCGCGUGUAUAGCGUAUAAUCUACUUUUCUAAAUAGCAAAACAACAUUUGCAAAGGAUAUUAUAUCCAUAUAACGAUAAGUUAUACAUUACUCAGUUGGUAAACAGACAUGAUAAUUCAAAGUUCUUGUUCAUAUUAUUAGACAGAAAAUGGCCAUUAAGUAAAAAGCUGAUAUCUGAUGCAAAUUGGCAUAAUAUAUCUUUUAAUUUCAAUUCAACGUUAAAUUGUUAAUCGCAUUUGUUUCAUUUGAACACGGUGCAAUUACAACACUUAAGGGUAUUGGCAAUAAAACUAACUUUGUCUUUUUAGAAGACGUAUUAAGAUAUUAAUGAUGUGGAUUCUUGCACUUCACUUGGUGGAAUUAAUAUUAGAAUGUUAGGGUUUGUAAUCCAAGUGAGAAUAUAUACAUUUUUGGAUUACAAACCCUAACAUUCUAAUAUUAAUUCCACCAAGUGAAGUGCAAAAAUCCAAAUCAUUGAAGUCCACCUUUAUCACAACCCGCAUACCCGAUUACCUAUAUAUAUACAUGAACUUACGGUUACAGCUCAACAACUGGCCUCUGUAGCUCAGUUGGUUAGAGCGCUGCACCGGAAUCGCAGGGCCGUAGGUUCAAUUCCUACCAGAGGACCUUGUGCUGCAUUUUUCGCAGUCGUUCCUUGUUAGGUCUUAAAAUGUAUAUAUUCUCACUUGGAUUACAAACCCUAACAUUCUAAUAUUAAGAUAUUGCAGACCUACGUGUCAUUCUUCCUCAUUCAGAAGAUAUUUGUUCCUUUCGCCCUUUUGUUUUAUCUAAAAAAAAUCACGUGACAAGAAGGGUAGACGUUACAAAAACCAUCAGUUGAAGUUUCAUUAAUAGUUUCUACACAGCUUAUGGUUAAAACUGUGGCAAUUGAUACACCAGGCGGAAAUCUUAGUUUAAAGAUAAAAAGCAAAGCCCAGCAAAUAACUUUAAAGCCAAACAUAAUAAAAGUACAAAAUUAAAACGUUAGCUAAUAAAUUUUUUACUUUUAUUAUGUUUGGCUUUAAAGUUAUUUGCUGGGCUCUGCUUUUUAUCUUUAAACUAAGCUUAUGGUUAAAUUAGAUAUAGUCGAGAGCAAAAACUACAAGAUUUAUUAUUAUUUAUAAUUAUUUGAAAACGGUAGCCCUUCAGCGGUAAAGAAAAACUGAUUUUCAAGGGGCCGUUUAUGAAUACAUAUAUACAUUGUUUAGAAAUACAAAACACUUACUAGCCUAUCUAUUAUAGAUUUGGCAUUAUAAUGACACAAGUCAGGCAUAUUCUGAGGAUAGAUAAAUGCGGAAUCAAAUAUCUUUUGAAUGAGAAAGAAUGACACGUAGGUCUGUUUAAAUUUUUGCAAUAUCUUAAUAUAUGUCUUCUAAAAAGACAAACUUAUAGUUUUAUUGCCAAUACCCUUAAGUGUUGUAAUUGCACCGUGUUCAAAUUAAACAAAUGCGAUUAACAAUUUAACGUUGAAUUGAAAUUAAAAGAUAUAUUAUGCCAAUUUGCACUGAGACUAGUCUUAUUCAGACAUCAGCUUUUUACUUAAUGGCCAUUUUCUGUCUAAUAAUAUGAACAAGAACUUUGAAUUAUCAUGUCUGUUUACCAACUGAGUAAUGUAACUUAUGGUUAUAUGGAUAUAAUAUCCUUUGCAAAUGUUGUUUUGCUAUUUAGAAAAGUAGAUUAUACGCUAUACACGCGAUGUGUCUUACGAAAUGUUUGAAUCUGAGUGUGUCAUUUUAUUCAAACUUGGCAAGACUUGGUUUAUUCUUUAUUGUCGAAAUAUUCGACUGCUUCAUUCUAACGCAGAUAUACUCCGUUAUAACCAAGACAUAUAUAGCCAUUUCCUAGGGGGCAUAGCAUAGCUACAAGUAGUUACAGGCAAUUAUUGUGGCUUUUUUCCGAAUGUGAAAAGUCUCAUUAUUUUUGCACGCGAUUGUGGUAACAUAAAUUAAUAUCAAAGAUGAACAUAAAUAAUCGCGCCUGCGAUAAGAAAUCUUAGCUCAAUAACUCGGCCAAUGGAAUGGGCAUGAAAAUGCAGUGACGUCAAGAUUAGUGUGCUACCUCCCUAAGGGGAGGCAGCAAUUAUUCAAAGGGAGAUUUUGUUGGCCUCCUAAGCUGUCUUCAGAACGCUUCUUUAGUGGAUUUACUUUUAGUUCGCAAUAACUGUGACGACAUUAAUGUUGCUUGGUCCAAGUGGAAAGCUGCCGUUCCUUACUGCUGCCGAUAGUUUUAUUCCAAAAACAUCGCUCAAGCGUUCCUUCACGCCUCCUUAUAUCACCAAGGAUCUACUUCACGCCAUCAACAUGAAGGAGUCCCUAUGGAGAAAAGCAAAGACUAUGAACUCCCCGCAAAGACUCGGUAACAUGUCAAAUGUUGGAUUAAUGCCAAGAAGAGAGAUUAUAAAAUAACAUGUACAUAACGCGUAUUCUGAUUGGUCGAAAGCCGUGUUUGGAUCAGGCCAUCCAAACACGGAAAACUAUCGUGUUGUUGUUAUUUUAUAAAACAAUUACUUUAUGGUUUCCAUGUUUGGAUGGAAUGAUCCAAACACUUGGGAAUGUUGCUCGAGUUAAGAAAAGCGGGCAAAAUCACUCGCCUUCGGCUGGUGAUUUCGCUCGCUUUUCUUAACCCUCGCAACAUUCCCGCGUGUUUGGAUCAGGCCAUCCAAACACGGAAACCAUAAAGUAAUUGUAUAAUACUUAUCUGGACUUUCUCAAUCCUUAUACAAUAACUCUAAAUCAUUUUUGAGAUUUGUUAAGUCUAAAUCUUCCAUACCUCAUGUAAUUAAGAUAGGGGGUCUUAAACUAUUCUCUUCUGAAGAAAAGGCUGAUGCUUUUAAUACUUAUUUUGCGUCAGUUUUUACCUCAGACACAAGUUAUUCUUUACGACUUUACCUUUAAUCUCUCCCUCGCAGUCAUCAUCAAACUUUCUUGACUCGAUAAUUGUAUCCGAAUUUGAAGUACAAUCUUUGUUAUCCAGUUUGUCACCCUCUAAGACUACUAGGCCUGAUGGCAUACAUCAGCAUAUAUCUUUUAAAGCGCUAUUCCGAAGUCAUCGCUAGCUCCAUCUUUAACAGUUCUCUUCGAGUUAUCUCUUCAGCAGGGUGUAUUUCCUUCUGAAUGGAAAUCUGCUAAUGUGGUUGCAGUUAGGUAUUGCAACCACAUUAGCAGAUUUCCAUGCAGAAGGAAAUACACCCUGCUGAGGAGAUAACUCGAAGAGAACUGUUAAAGAUGGAGCUAGCGAUGACUAAAAGGUGACGCUCAUGAAGUCACCAACUACAGACCUGUUUAAUAAUAUUACUCUCCCAAGUCUCGAAAGUGCUCGAACGCUCGAUUUUUAGACAGGUUUCUUCUUUCAUUAAGGACUCUUUGUACGACAUUCAACAUGGCUUUCGCGCGCUGCAAUAGGUCAUGUGUUACUCAACUUUUGAAGGUGUUUCAUGAUCUCGGUCGUGCUCUUGAUUCUGGCAAUGAAGUUGAUUUCGCAAUGAAAUUGCGAAAGCUUUUGACUCCGUAUCUCACAGCAAACUCUUGUUCAAACUAAAAUCUUUUGGAAUUUCCGGUCAACUUCUUAACUGGUUGGCUGAUUAUCUCCAUGAUCGGAAACAGCUUGUCGUUAUCGAAGGAGUUUCUUCAUCUUUCCUUAACGUUAAGUCUGAUGUGCCGCAACGUAGUGUCAUAGGUCCACUACUUUUCAUUUUGUAUAUGAAUGAUCUUCCAGAGGUAACUAAGAAUACUACUGUUGCACUUUUUGCUGAUGACAGUAAAUGUUACCGUGCAAUUCAGUCACCAGCCGAUCGAGAUCUCCUACGAACUGACUCGAUUUCUUGGCAAUUGAACUUUAAUGUAUCUGAGACGCCCUUGCUCAGCGUAUCUCGGAAACGCAACUCUCCAACUCACUCUUAUCACCUUAACAAUCAAUCUGUUAAGACUGUGGCCAAUCAAGUCGACCUGGGUGUGGUUGUGAACAAAGUGUCCCCUCACAUUGCCAGCUGUAGUGCUAAAGCCAACCAUUUGCUUGGUUUUCUUCGCAGAAAUUGUUCUCAAAUGACUGAUACUCGCUGCCGUCGGCUUCUCUAUCUCUCACUCGUCCGAUCUCACCUGUCUUACGCCACUGAGAUCUGGGCACCUCAAGCCUCGUCACGUGAUCUUGCAAUCCUGGAGGGUGUUCAGAGACGAGCUACUAAAUUUAUACUUCAAAAUUAUGAGUUGUCUUAUCUUGAGCGUCUUAGGAAACUUAAUUUAUUGCCUAUAUCUUACUGGCUUGAAAUAAAGGAUCUCAUCUUUUUUUCCAAAUGCAAACAAGGUCUCUACGACCUAGACAUCUCUGUUGUCACCUUUUCGCUCAUUUCACCCGUUCAAGCAAGGACAACUUGCUUCAAGUCAAUCCGUGCAAAACCUCUCUUUUGAGAAACUCUUUUUUUUAACCGAAUUGUCUUUCUAUGAAACCAUCUCUCUCCGAUCAUUCGUAACAGUUCGUCUGUUUCAUCCUUUAAGCUCCAGCUCCAUAUUCACUACUGUUUUCAAUUAGACUCUUCUUUCGAUGUUAACAGAAUGCGCACUUGGAAAACCUAUAUAUGGCUCUAAAUGCCGUUCUUUCAACUUAAGCUGUUGCUCAUAAUCUAGUAACCUAUUAAUUUUUAUAUAAUUAUGUAAAUAGUGUUCUAGUCCUUGUCUUUAAUGUCUACUUAUUGUUUUGUAUUAGGUUGGUCUUUACAUGGGACUCAUGUCUUGUUGACCAUACCUUAAUCAAUCAUUGUUAUACUUUUCUAUGCCAUAAAGUUUAAAUAAAUAUUCCGCAUAUGUGACGAAGUAAAUUUUUGCCAGAAUACCAUUUACUUGGAAUCAUGUGAUGCUAUGAAAUAACGUUAUACUUCAUUAUUUUCAUUUUGUGGCGAAGUAUUCGGUUACUUUCCAUAAAUUAGUACCCGACUUUAUCCUGAAAAAUGCAUUAAAAAUACACAAAGGAAUCAUGAAUUUCGAAUGACCAUUGGUAUUUCGAGUCGGCUCUGAUAGACCCUCGUGAUAGACGCGGUAUAUAAGCAGCCGUAAACGAGGGCAGUGAGAUUUGUCAGAUUUAUGUGACUAUACUGUUCAUUGAAUAUUAAGACCACUAUUCACCCCCUCCCCAUAUACGCACACAUUUUUCAAGUUCCUUUCCACAUUAAUACUUCCACUUUUCACUUCUUCUUCAAGUAUUUUUAAAACAAUACUUGUUUUAAAAAUCACUUCCAAACCUGAAAUCCCUGGCUCUAAACCUGAAUUCCCCGGCUUUAUACCUGAUCUUUGUCUGACAAUGAUAUAGUGUUAUAGUAUAUUAAAGAGCUUUUGGUUUAGCCCGUUUUCUAUUAGGCGAAUUUGUUCGCGCGAAGCGAAGCGGAAAACAAAUUUCGGCACUGAUUCAAGCUAGCGAAAAAAUUCGUCGCGGAAAUUUUUUUCGCUAAUCAAACACAUUGCCAAAAUUUGUUGUUCGCUUCGCAUUUCCAAUGGAGAAUGGGCUUUAGCUAUACUAGGAGACUACUGAUAUAUAGAGACAAUUAAAAGUCAAUUGCAUGACCACAUAUGUUAUAGCUACUUAUUCAAUUUCAGUCUUUUAACUUUAUAAUUACUAAAUUGCUACAUAAAUAAAUUAUAUUUUGCACAUGCAUUCUGUUUGUCAUAAAACUACGCCUAAAUAUUUUUUCAGGAUUUCAAGAAAAUGGAUUUGUUCAUGACAAGGGCAAUAAUUAUGUACCGGGUACGCAUCUUUCAAAUUAUUUUCAACACUGAGGUUUGCAGAGUAAUAUUACCCACAGCCCACAGGGUAAUUCCCGGCUACGUCUCAAGUGGUAAUCAAACGUCGAGUUCAUUUUAUGUGCCCCCUUUUCUAACCAUCAACAUGCCUGUCCGUGCAUAGGUGAACUAUAUUUUGUGGUAUUACCUCGUUAUCUUUAAUCGAAGACUCGCAUUUUUUAUCUGGAUUAAACUGUAACUAACAUACUAAGUAACAGUUGACAAUUGAUACUUGACUAGCUCUCUUUGUACUACAUUACACGUCUUUAGAUAAUUUAUAGAAACACAAAUCAUUAUAUCAUUAUAAUAGUCAUUAUCCCCGUCCCCCUCCCGAUCCUGAUUAUUUCACCACGCCCCCUGAUUUGUUCGUAUACGUGGGAUGUAGGACAACCAAUAAACCUGGAGUCUAAUAAAAUGGAAUCCUCCAUGGAGAAAUAAACUGAACGAUGACAGUUCAUAUCUACUUUCAACUGAGAUAGUUGUUUGUGUAUAUAUUGUUUUUGUGUAUAAAUCAAAGCUUUCAUUUCAAGUAAUACGAAUACAAUUUCUAUUUAAGGAGUUAAAGACAAGUUAAUCCUGAAAGUUUUACAAAGAUUAAAGGAACCAAUUAUUGACACAGGUACACUAUAUUCCAACGAUGUGUGAAGUACCCGUCACUGAAAGCGAGUCGACUUGCUGCGUUUGCAGGAAAUUGCAUCUCCUUGGCGCGAAAAAUUACAUGACAAUAUUAACGCACAAAGAUCGGAAAAACCAUUGAUCAUAAUGCAUGGUGAAUUCUUAAACCUGUUUCGCUAAUACCAGGAUUCGAGUCGGUAAAAUUUGACGCGCUGCAAGAGGGACAAGUACUCGACAAUCCCCCCAACUCGACAAUCCCCCCAACUCGACAAUCUCCCCACCGCUAAAAUGUAAAAUCUGCACUUUGUCUUUAAUUUGAGAUCUCAACCGCGCAGCUAAAUAAUACGAGUCGACUUGUAGCAAGUCUAUGUUCCUCCAUAUGUAGUGAACAAAAAGACCUCAGAUUUACAAGGAUUUUUAAAAAUCUUCUUUUUGUCAGAUUCUGCGGGGUAAACAUUCUUAAUUUUCACGAAUGUUGCUGUACUCAAUUGCCCCUCCACUUUGGAAAUGCUUCCGCGGCCUCUGACUGUACAUGUCCAGGUGGUCACUCUUUCGCACAUGGAAUAUAACGAAUAGAGAGGUUAAGAUACCCCGGUUCUGGUUUACGGGUAUUUUCCUGAUGUCAGCAUAUUUACCCGUAGUUUCUACCCGUUUCCCGGCAGUAAACCUUUGUCUACACGUAAAAGACAAACGGGUAUUGGUGUUUUUCUGUCUACUAUUUGUAGAACAUUUAAGUAGUGAAUAUUUCAACAUUUUACCCAAAAAAAAUCAAUGCACAUUUGCCCGUCAAAUUUUUCCCAAAUCUAUGGUGAACCUCAGCAACAAAACUACUAUUCUCCGAUCAGCUUUCGUACUCUGGAAUAUCUUGGAUUUCUCAGGUUGCAAGUCGUACCCCGAUUUACGGGUACGGGUAUAUUUUGUAUAUUGCUUAUUUGUGCUUUGCAAAGACCGCUAGAUGUUACACAAACAAUUAAGUAUGCAUCACAAAGACUAAUUUAUUGUUAGAAUUAAUAAGUAGGUAUGUACAAGAUUGACAGGUAAUUAUGAUAUAUGACAUGCAUAGGAUACAACAGUAUAUCACCUGUACCCGUAAACCGGAACCGGGGCAUCUUAACCUCUCUAUCACACCCUUCCAGUGAAAGUGUUUAAUCUUGACCACACAGUCUCGUUUUCGUGAUUUAGAACCUUUCAUCUUGUUUCAUGCAAGUGACGCAUUUACGAAAGCAUAUACAGUUGCAAUAGAUCAUCUAAACGACAUUUAAUAUGAUUAGGUCAUCAGUAACAAGAUAAAGGACUUUAAAGCCGAGAUCUCAAUUACCAGAUUCUCAGUCUAUUAUAUUAACCGUGCUGGAAGGGUGUAUUCUGGAUGGUUUUGCCACUAAAUCAGCACAUGUAAUGAAUCUUAAUUGCUUUCUGGGUGCAUGCUGACUUCAUGACUUAUACCAGGUCUAUUUAAAUUUUAUUUUUGUUAGUAUGCGAGCUAUUAUUUAUUUCAUGCUUUUCCAAGGAAGAAUGUAGCUUCUUGUAGAUAUCGUUGAAUUUUUCAAUAUACAAUUUUGAUUUAUUGAUUUUCCAAACAAUUACUUUCUAGAUAUCAAUCAUAUUUUCAAGGGAGAUUUGUCAAACAACCUUACUUGGGAAUUUGAUUUUGGUGAGAUUUCCAAACGACGAUUUGGACGAAGUUAUAUUGAACAAACGAGUUAUGACCCAAAUGCUCGUAGCGGAGAUUUCUAUAACCCUGUUGGGAUUGACAGGGGUGGCCUUGUGUUGUUUGAAGAUCAUGGGGCUGGUAUAUUUGAGCGGCUUUUGUGGUUCCAUCGAACUAAUUAUGAAACAGAUAUGGAUUAUGUUACAUUCGAGGUAGGACAUUUCUUAUCAUCGAGUUUUUCCUUUUCGAGAGUCAUACAAUCUCACAACCAGAGAGUGCCCGUCCAUUGCUUGUCAUCGGUUGUCUCUUUCCAAACAAAUUUCCUCGAAACGCGUCCUGCAUGGUCAUAGGCGUACGAGAGGAGGAGCAGGCUGGCGGAUAAAGCCCGAAGAAGUUUUUGGUCGCACAGUUAUAAAAGUCGGGCAGAAUGUACUUAAAAAUCUGGCAGAUUGCACUUAAAAAUUGAUAUGUAUUAAAAUCGACGAAAAAGGAAGAAACAUGCUCUGUUUCAAAAUAUUUUUGCGACUUUUAAUAUAACACAAAGAAAUGUUAUAUUGAUCGGCCAAUUUGAUCAAAAUCGGCCAAAUUUUUGCCCGCCUCCCCCUAUAAUUUUUCCUCUCCCGUAUACGCCUAUGAUCCUGGUACAUGAUCGACUGGCAAUGAUUGCAAUAACAUUAGAUCAGUUGAAAUUUGAAACACGUUACCUUUUCAUGUCAAAUCCUCUAAUUCGCACUAUAUGUAUGCAGGGCCGGGCUCCGCAUAAAGUGCGUCUAUACAUUGCGAUGUGUUGGACCAUUAUCUGGCCACUUUUAUGUACUAUUUAAAACAUGAGCAGCAGUGUUUUAUCAGACCUAGAGAUACUCGGCUUCGCCUCGUAUCUUUAUAUCUGAUAAAACACUGCUGCUCGUGUUUUAAAAAUAGUACUUCAAAAACGAUCGAUCCAGUAAGUUUAUUGGCGAAGUAAUUUUCAAAAAAUGUGUAAGUCGAGAAAAUCAAAGUUAAACUUUAUGUAUAAAAUCUAGGGAAAUCUUUAUCACAUAUCUAUGUUAUUUACAGGCUAUGCCCACCCUUAACCUGCGAACGGGCAUGCUCGAGGAACGAGAUUGAAUGACACCUUUUUUGUAUCAUUUUAAAUUUAAGCAAAAAUGACAAAAUAUACAAGCCGAUGGAAAAUUGCCGGUUGAAAUCACAUUUUUCCACCUAUGUGAAUUAUUAAAGCAGUGCAGAACAAAAAAAGAUCUGAUCCAUUAAUUUCUAAUGUGUACCAGAUGCUGGAUGUUUUUAAAAUUAAAAUUCAUGAAUUUUUAUAUUCAUGAAUAUAAAAAUAAUAAUUUUUUUAUUUCUAAAUUCAUGAAUUUUAUUUUUCACUUUCAAUACUUCAACGGUGUAAAAAUGCGAUUUCCACUGGCAAUAUUUAUUCUAAUCGAUUACCUUAUAUUGGAUUACCUUUUUUAUACCUGUAUAAUUAAUUUUAAAUGUAAUUUUGGCGAAAUAAAGUCCACAUAAUUUGUUAUCCAUAUACAUGGCAUAUAUUGCCAUUCUCUAUUGUUGCAAUUUGUUUUUUUUUAGAUUGAUGGAAAGGAAUUGUGUACAUUACCAAUAGUGUCGGGAAAUAGAACCCAUCCAUUCCUACUACCAUUCAUUCGACCAAACGAAGUGGACAAUAUGGCCGGCUUCUACAUAACCUUUCCCGUUUCUUAUGCAAAAUCUCUGCGUAUUAUCAUGAGGUGGAGAGAAAGCUCAAACUUGAAUGAGGAAAGUGAAUGGAAUCAAUCAGAGAAAUGCCAUCGCGGAGGUUUAAGUUGUAAUAUAGUAGCAUAUUAUGCAGUAAUAGCAAACAAACUGGUUCAUGGUGCAUAUCUUGAGACUAACUUUAAGAACUAUAUUUCAAAAAAGUCUACUCAUCCAAAAAGUAAAUAUUUUGAAAGCGUGACAAAAGCUGUUGCAGAAAUGGCAAAGUCCCCGGAGAGGUAUGGCCCUGGCGUGAGAUCAGAGUGUGAACUUACAUGUCAAAAAGUUCAACCAGGCAAUGAAAUCGUGAUAUACACUGCUCAAAAUGCCAAAGUUAUUCAAUCCUUGCGUUUCCGUCUGUACGAUGUACAAAAAGUAAAAUUGGCUGUUUCGAAAAAUUGGAGGAGAGUGCUAAUUACAAUGAGAUGGGAUGGAAAAGAUCCACAGGUAAACGAAAUUCCACUAGCUGGACUUUUUAUUACUGGACUUGAUUUCAUUCGCGAAGUUAAAGGUUUAACCACUGGAUUCAGGGAUAUGACGUGUGAUGUGCAGGGUGAACGUGCGUCAGACGUAACACCAAAUGAAUGGACGGCUUAUUUAUUUUAUGAAAUGCCUUUCUGGGAGGCCGCAAAAAUUACUGUUAGGAUUCCAAAUGGUUGUGAAUCUGCAAUAAUUUGUUCUCAAAUUUCUACAAAGGAAUUAAAUAUUGAAAAGUAUCACUCUCGUCUAACCGGUUAUUUUAACGCGCAGUUACGUCAACAAGGAUUUGAUUAUCUUCACCAUAAAACCAUUCUACAUCUGGAAAAGCAGUGGGGGCAUGUAGUUGGCAUUAACUUUUUCCUGCGAAAUGAUAAGAUCGCAAGUACACACGAACUUGACAUGAUUAUUGAGACAGAUGAGGCCAAUGUGCCAGUGUUUUCAGGAACUGGACUGGAAGAUUUCUUUUACUUCAUACACGACUUCAAAUCUAACAAAAACAGGACUGCACCAUUUAAUGGUGCUCUUUUUUACUACAGAAAAGGCCGCUUCCGAAUCUUACGAUGUUACCGUCAUAACAUCUUGGAUCCAAUCUUGUUCACUACUGGUAUUCGUAUUUAUCUUGAAUCAAAGUUUAAUCGCGGGGAAAAUCCCACUGUUCGAGAUUUUUUAAAAACUACAGCGUCGUUCAAUCAAACCAUUUUACCGGAUUCACUUUUUACUGUAGUGUUAUACUAUGGAGGAAAGGGAUCAGGCGGAACAAUAACAGAUAAAGUGGAAUACCAUAAAAUAAAUGAAAGUUUAUCAGCUCGGAUUCAGUUUAGUCCACCAAAUGUAGAUAGUUUUCAUAUCCGCAGUAAUUUUGAGAAUCAGCCAGGGAUCUUUUUUGACAGAAUUGUCGUUUCCAUGGAACCUGGACAGCGAGUGGCAUACACAUUCAAGGUUUAUAGCGAUAACGUUGGUGUUAUUCUCCGCAGAGAAUAUCGCACAGUUGUACCGAACCAGAAAGCUGAAGUAACAGUUGAUGGAGAAGACGCAGGGCUAUGGUGUUGCCCUCAGAGAGCCAUGUCUGAAGAUUUUUCAUUGCGUCUUAAUGAUUACCUUCUCCCUCCAGAGAAAACUGCGGGAAAAGAGUCGAUAGAAGUGACGCUAAUAGCUUUAACGCGAUGGGAAACAGUCUCUAUACAAGCACUUUCUGUCAUACUAUCAAACUGAUAAGUCGCGCAUGCUCUUCAUCACUACAAAAUUGGUUAUAUCUUGGAAUCUUGUUCGCUAUACGUGUAUAUAUGAGUUGUUUAACUGUAGUAUUUUAACAGCAAGAUCUGACUCUUAGGGUUUUCCUGUUCAACGAAAAAAAUAGUGCUUGAACACGAAAAUUCAAGACAUUGUUAUCUCAAACUCACUAAUAUAUUAUACUAAUAUAUUAUUCAUGAUAAAUUAGCCAACCAUAUUGCUUUAUUUUGCUCACAUGAUAAUACUGGAUGCUGAUCCAGUCCUAGGAUUGGAUCAAAAUUAAUUCAGUCCUUUGACUGGAUCAAAAAUAAUUAAGUAGUGAUUUAUUCGUAUGAGAUGUCAUUUCAAAUCCUCCAUUUCGGACUGGACCAGAUUUCAAGUCCUCGCAUUUUGAUCCAGUCCUCGGCUUCGCCCCUGGCAUGAUCAAAUUUCGCGGACUUGAAAUCCAGUCCUCACAGUCGGAUUUGAAAUAUUAGAUAACUGCUAUAGUAUUUUAUCUAGAAUUAAGAUAGUUACUAUGCUCUGUAGCUUUUGAAUUGUGUCCAGCGACAAUUUAAAACAAGGAAAAGAUUUAAUAUCUUUGAUUGUAUGUCAUGGCAUAGUCACUCUACAUGGCUUUCGUACGUUUUGGAUUAUACUGACUUUUUUUCUAUGAAGAUUUCAAAGAUUGCCAUGAAUUGAUUACUUCUGUUUUGAGAAUUUUGAGUCCGCCAGAUGAAUAACUUGAUGUGUUAUAGCAAAUAACUGAGUUAGUGAGUGAUAUAUAUCUGGAGCUAGAACUUUACAGUGUGAGAAAAGUUAAAGACAAGAUGAAGGAAAUUGACGUGCAAUAUCAUCUAUGAAGGUCGUAAACAGUUUUAAUACCAUUUCCCCCAGCUAAUUCCAGCUAUCAGUUCACAAAACCAUAGUAUUACUCUCUUUAAAUCGAGGUCAAAAUACAAAAUUUCCGCCCACUCCUUACAGCUUUGUGUUAACCGCACAGACAAAAACAGUAAACAAGAGACUGGAACUGAGGUCCAAUUGAUUCAUCUCAAACUCGUACCCUGAGCCAUCGUUGGCUCUGGGUACGAGAUUGGAUUCAUAUUUGCUUUACUUUUUGGAGAGGAGUUCUCACUCCAGAUAUAUAUGGAGCUCACUGGAUAUAAUAGGUGACAGUUCUAUAUCCUGCACGAUCGUACCUACUCUCAACCUCGUACCCAGGGUCUUUCCUCUUGGGGAGCAAAGACCCUGGUAGACGCUGGUCACGUGAUCUGCUAAAAUCUAGCAGAUUUCUAAUUAACUAUCUUGGUUUUCUUUACAAUCAUACAAAAUGCAAAUUAUAAAUUAAACUAUCAAAAUAAUCCAAAUAUCAAAUGUUUAUUGACCUGAUCUUGGAUUGCUAAUUAAAAAUCUGCUAGAUUUUGUCAGAUCACGUGACCAGCGUCUACCAGGGUCUUUGCUCCCCAAGAGGAAAGUCCCUGGGUACGAGGUUGACCUACUCUAAUAGAAAAACAAAUUUGGAACAAAAAAAUAGAAACACAUAACAAUGCUAUUCUCCAAAGAGAGUUAAUACGGUAGAGAAAAUAUAACAAUAACUUAACAGGAUAAAUGUGUGAUCAUUCGUGUGAUAGAUACAAGUAACAUACUGUUGAAUGUUCUCUCUCCAUGUAUAUAUUAAGUAAACAAAACAAACGCUUUUUGAUCGAG